CAAAACUUAUAUCUAUUCCCAAAAAAAAUCAGUUGCUUAUUUGUUUAUGGUAACUGAUAUUAAACUGUUUCGAUUUCAAUUAAAAUAAUGAAAAAUCUGAAGUUUUCAUGGGAACGGUCAUCCAAAGUGGAGUUACAAUCAAAGAAUGAAGUCAUUCGUUGCUCCGCUUUCGAUAUCGAACAGAAUCGAUUCUUCUUCGCUUCGUCUGCCAACUUCAUUUACACCAUUCAUCUUUCUUCUUCUUCAUCUCAAAAUGAAGAAUCGUGGGGGAAACGGUCACCAGGUCCGUUGGUUGAGCAUGUUGAUCUUGAUGCAGGCGACUCUAUUACUUCUUUAGAGUACAUAAUGGAGAAAGAAUCACUCAUUAUUGGAACUUCCAGCGGUAUUUUAUUACUAUAUAAUGUGGAUGAUAGCGUAAUGGAGGUUGUUGGCAGAGUGGAAGGUGGAGUUAAGUCGAUAUCACCGAGUCCAGAUGGAGAUUUGCUCUGUAUUAUCUCUGGUAUUGGCCAAAUGUUGGUCAUGACUCAUGACUGGGACUUGUUGUAUGAGACCGCUCUUGAUGAACCUGUUGAAGAUGCUGACGUACGUGAUGGAAGUCUUCUCUCGGAAUGUUCACCUGGAAGUCCUGCUACCUGGCGAGGUGAUGGGAAAUAUUUUGCUACAGUAAUCUCGGUGCAGAAUUCUUUGCAUAAGAAGCUUAAAAUAUGGGAACGAGAUACGGGUAACUUGCACUCCGUUUCAGAAGCGAAGGCUUUUACGGGAGAAGUUGUUGAAUGGAUGCCAUCUGGAGCAAAAAUUGCUACUGUUUGUGGUCAGAAAAUAGUUUUCUUUGAGAGAAAUGGGUUAGAAAGGAGCUCAUUUAGUGGAAGUGACGGACUAGAUGCGACAAUCGAGAAUCUAAAAUGGAACUGUAAUUCAGAUCUUCUUGCAGCUGUUGUUAGAACCAAAACCUAUGAUUCUGUUAAAGUAUGGUCUUUCAGCAACAAUCAUUGGUAUUUAAAACAGGAAAUCAGGUGCUCGCGGCAGGAUGGAGUGAAAUUUAUUUGGGACCCAGUAAAGCCUUUACAAUUAAUUAGUUGGACUCUUGAAGGCCUGGUCAAAGUUUACAAUUUUAUCUGGAUUACAGCUGUUACCGAGAACUCUGUAGCAUUAGUUGUUGAUGGUUCAAAGAUUUUAGUAACACCCCUUUAUUUAUCUUUAUUGCCACCUCCUAUGUAUCUUUUUGACCUACAGUUUCCAUAUUCUGUUAGAGAAAUGGCUUUUAGGUGCAAGAAUUCUAAGAAUAGGUUAGCUGUAUCUUUGGCGGAUGGGAGUUUAGCGGUUGUAGAGUUUCCUAGCCUUGACACCUGGCUAGAUCUAGAAGGCCAAACAUUUUGUGUUGAGCUGUGUCUUUUUGAAGGUCUUACAUCCUUUGUACAUCUCACAUGGUUGGACUCACAUGUACUUCUUGGUUUUAGUCCUCAUGGUCAUCUGCAGGAACUUGAACUUGUAUGCUCUGAGAAUCAAAUUCUGGGUGUAGUGGCAUGCUCGGGAUUUGAUGCUAAAUUAACCAAUGAACUCUCUAUUGAGAGGUUGGUGAUUGGGAUCGCUACUAACCCUGUUAAAAUGCGUUCAGCUUUUGUUCAAUUAGAUGAUGGGAGUAUCUUUGAGUACACGUCGAAAUUAGAUACUGCAUUGGGUUCUUUUUGUGAGCACAACAAUCUGCGGUUUUCAUCAGCUUGCCCCUGGAUGAGUGUGGUUCCUGUUGAAGAUUUUGGGCUAUCAAAGUCAUCUUUGAUAUUUGGGCUCGAUGACAACAAUAGGCUGCAUGUGAGCCAGAAUGUUGUAUGUAAUAACUGCAGCAGCUUCUCAUUCUAUUCGAAUUCCACCAAUCAAGUGAUGACACAUCUAAUCCUUGCAACUAAACAAGACUUUCUCUAUGUUGUUGAGAUCCGUGAUAUUUUGCUUGGUGAAACGGAUGCUAAGCAUGGCAACUUUGUACCAGUUGUAAUAACCAGAAAGAAUGCAGACGAAGGAAAGAAGUUUAUGCAAAUAUGGGAAAAAGGCUCCAAAAUCUUGGGGGUUGUACAUGGAGAUGAAUCUGCCGUUAUAAUACAAACGACCCGUGGAAACUUAGAAAGCAUUUAUCCAAGAAAGUUGGUACUUGAAUCGAUUGUUAAUGCUUUGGUCCAGCAACGUUUCAGGGAUUCCCUACUCAUGGUAAGGCGACAUAGGAUAGAUUUUAAUGUUAUCGUCGAUUAUGGGGGCUGGCAAGCCUUUUUACAAAUGGCUACAGAGUUUGUCAGGCAGGCUGAUAAUCUAAGUUACAUCACUGAGUUUGUAUGUUCUUUAAAGAACGAAAAUAUCAUGGAUACUUUGUAUAAGAAUUAUAUAUCUUACCCAAUUGCAGAAAUUGGUAUAGAAUCAAUUGAUAGCAAGGUUAACUCUGUCCUCCUGGCUGUGAGAAAAGCUCUUGAGGAGCAAACAGUGGAAAGCCCGGCUCGAGAGCUUUGCAUUUUAACCACUUUGGCCCGAAGCGACCCACCAUUACUUGAAGAAGCUUUAGGACGGGUGAAAGGUAUCCGGGAGAUGGAGUUAUCAGAUAGCGAUGACCCAAAGAGAAAGCUUUUCCCGUCUGCUGAAGAAUCUUUGAAACAUUUGUUGUGGCUCUCUGAGAGUGAAGCGGUUUUUGAAGCUGCUCUCGGUCUUUAUGACUUGAAUCUUGCAGCUAUUGUUGCAUUGAACUCACAACAGGACCCGAAGGAGUUUCUACCAUUUCUUCAGGAACUUGAAGUUUUGCCAAGUCUUAUAAUGAGGUACAGAAUUGACCUAAAACUAAAGAGAUUUGAGAAGGCACUCCAACACAUUGUUGCUGCAGGAGACGGUUAUUUUCAAGAUUGUAUUAGUCUCAUUAAAAAUAAUCCCGAACUUUUUUCUGUGGCACUUCAGUUGAUAACAGAUCCCACCAAGAGAAAUCAAGUACUUGAGGCGUGGGGGGAUCAUUUAAAUGAUAUAAAAUGCUUUGAGGAUGCUGCUACAGCAUAUUUAUGUUGUUCUCAUUUAGAGAAAGCUUUGAAGGCUUACCGGGCUUCUAAUAAUUGGAGUGGGGUGCUUACUGUUGCGGGCGUUAUGAAAUUACAAAAAGAAGAUCUUAUGCAAAUGGCACACGAGCUUUGUGAAGAACUUCAAACGAUUGGGAAGCCAAGCGAAGCUGCCAAAAUUGCUUUUGAUUAUUGUAAUGAUGUUAAAAACGGGAUAAGUCUCUUAAUCAGUGCACGGGAAUGGGAGGAGGCUUUGAGGAUUGCUUUAAUGCACAGGCGGGAGGACCUGAUUUCAGAUGUGAAAAUUGGAGCUGGUGAAUGCGCUGCCAUUAUGAUAGUGGAAUAUGAAGAAGGGUUGGAGAAAAUUGGUAAGUACUUAGCACGGUAUUUGGCAGUCCGACAGCGGCGGUUGUUGAUGGCAGCUAAGCUUCAGGAAGAUGAGAGAUCAAUAAAUGAACUGGAUGAUGACACGGUUUCGGAAGCUAGCAGUAGUUUGAGUGGAAUGAGUGCGUACACUACUGGGACAAGAAAAAGUUCUGCUGCUUCCAUGAGUUCAAGCAAAAGAGGAAUAAGACGCCAAAAGAAAAGAGGGAAAAUCCGUGCUGGCAGCCCCGAUGAGGAAACGGCAUUAGUAGAGCAUCUGAAGGGGAUGUCCCUUGCUGCUGGAGCGGCACGUGAGCUCAAAUCUUUGCUGGCUUGCCUUGUGAUGAUUGGGAAGGAAGAUAUUGCAAGAAAAUUGCAGCGAGUUGGCGAAAACUUUCAAUUAUCUCAAAUUGCAGCAGUAAAGGUGGCUGAAGAUGCAAUGUCAUGUGAUAUAGUAGACGAGCAUAAGUUUGUUUUGGAGGUGUACAUCAAGAAGAUAAGGAAGGAAUUGCUGCAGUCUGAGAUGUUCUCUUGGCAGUCCAAAGUUUUUGUUGCUUCUUAGGAGGUGGAUUCGUAUCUGGGCGAUACUUUGAAGCUGACAUGGAGAUAAAAACAAGUCAGAAGGGGUUGGAAAGGUUUAGUUCUGGUUAUUUUUGUUUAAACCUUUUCACAAUCUUAUGUGCUGAUUCUUAUAAUUGAAUAUUUAGUUUUUCAUGUAUAAGAUUUAGUUAAUUUGGUUUUUGUUGGGUUCUAUUAUAUGAAUGUGGCAGAUAGUCUUUGACUUUAAUUGUAAAAUUAGCUAUAGAUGUGUAUUUUGUGUACUACACUUUGAUCAAUAUCCACUUUCAUGACUAAGAA